UUUUAAACAGUGUUUACAAUGAUGUGUUGAAUUCUCGGAGAACCAUCCGCGAAGUUCACCACGAUACGUCGUAGCUUGUCCUUAAUUCCGAGUACAACACGGGCCCCUAAUCACAUUCAAGAUGGUUAAGGGGGACAGAGCUGCCUGGAAAGCAUCCUACUUCACCAAGGUUACAAGCUUGUUUGACAACUACAGUAUUGACUGUACUGCAUUACUUAAAAUAAAAUAUUAUUUCAGUUUGCUGCCUCUGAUCGUGUAUAACGUGGGCCUGGUGUUCACCAACGAUGAUCUGUGCGAAGUGCGUGAUCUGCUUCUGAUGAACAAGAAGCGUGCGCCUGCCCGUCCCGGUGCCAUCGCGCCUUGCAUCGUGACUGUGCCUGCUCAGAAUACUGGCCUUGGUCCCGAGAAGACAAGUUUCUUCCAGGCUCUGCAGAUCCCCACCAAGAUUGCCAGGGGUACUAUUGAAAUUGUGAACGACAUCCAGUUGCUGAAAGAAGGCGAUAAAGUGGGUCUGAGCGAGUGUACCUUGCUGAACAUGCUGAACAUCUCCCCUUUCACGUACGGUUUGGUCGUCCUGCACGUGUAUGACCAGGGCACAGUUUUCUCACCUAAGGUGCUAGACAUCAAGGAUGAAGAUAUCGUCAAGAGUUUCAUGGAAGGGCUGACUGCCAUCACCGCCGUGUCGCUCGCUAUCGGUUAUCCUACCGUCGCAUCAGUGCCUCACUCCGUCGUCAACGGAUUCAAGAAACUCUUGGCAAUUGCUGCUGUUACGGAGUACUCCUUCAAAGAAGCACAAACUCUGAAGGAAAUUCUUGCCGAUCCAAGCAAACUCGCCGCCAUACAAGCAGCAGCUGCCGCUGCUCCCGCCGCUGACACCAGCAGCGCCCCUGCGGCCGCCCCCGCUGCGAAGGAAGCUGCUAAAGAAGAGCCCGCGGAAGAGAGUGACGACGACAUGGGCUUCGGUCUCUUUGAUUAGACGCCCAAAACAUGGCGUUGAUCAAUAAAGUCGCUCUCAAAAACUGUUUUUCA